AAUGUCACUGGUCCAGUCUCUCUUCUUCAAUUCACCUUUUGGCAAAGAGCUAACAGGAUGAGUAAUUUCCUGAAGAAAAGGUCUCCCACUGUAUCUCCUGUUCAGAUCUGUUCUUCUCUCAGAGGAGGCCUACAUGCGCAGUAUGCAUCUCCUCCUUUUCAGGGGUUCAAACACCUUUAUAAAGCACGCCUGGGUCAUCUAAAAAGUCAUUGCUUAUGCAAAGAGCGAGUUAAACCAAAUAUUCUCCUCCCACUUCUUGCCUCGCGACUAUGUGGAAAGCUGUGGUGCUGGCUGUGUGUCUGCUUGUGGCUGGCGUUCAGCCCAUGGAUGACCCAGCGUAUGGGGUGAAGCUAUGUGGCCGCGAGUUCAUCCGGGCGGUCAUCUUCACCUGCGGGGGUUCACGAUGGAGACGGUCACUCAGGAGUUCAGAUGCUUCAGAGGACCCCUUCACCUCCCCUCAGGAUGAACUCUCAGAGGGCUUGAAUCACAAUUUUGCGGUGGAGAGUCUCCUUCAGAGAAACACAGAUCCAAGCUCCGCAUCCAGAGACAACCAGGAGGGAGCGUUCAGCCGCUCCACCCGUUCAUUCAUCACCGAAGAGAUACUGGAGGCGCUUCGCAAAGCUGACCGCAAAGGCCGCGAUGUGGUGGUGGGUCUCUCCAACGCCUGCUGCAAGUGGGGCUGCAGCAAGAGCGAGAUCAGCUCUCUCUGCUGAGGGUCGAUAUAUGCAAUCUGAGCGCGCUGCCUGCCAGGCAUGUUGUACACCUUAAUAAACAAACAGA